GACGAUUCCUUGGCUGGUACUGUAGCUAGAGCUAGUAGUAUUCAGCGCACUAGGUAUAAGCUUUCGUCUCAGCGGUCGUCGUGCUUGUCUCGAUAAACCCGUCGUACGUGUCCCGAAUCCUCUCGGCGUUACGCAGAGCUUCAAUCUAGAUAGGCCCUUAGCUGUCAGCAUUUAGAGCGAGGAGAAAGUCUCACAAGCUCUAUAUACCUCUAACCAGCCAAAAACCGGUCGCAACAUGAGCCUCACAUUCAGGAGAGGAUUGACCACCAUGGCCUCGCUCAAGAAGGCCUCCAAGGUUGUCUGCAUUGGCCGCAACUAUGCGGACCACAUCACGGAGCUGAACAGCGCAAAGCCCAAGCAGCCUUUCUUCUUCCUUAAGCCUCCUUCGUCCAUCAUCCUUCCCGGAGAAGGACCCGUCAUCCGGCCCCGUGGUGUUGAUAUGCACUACGAGGUUGAGCUUGCUCUUAUCCUCGGCAAGCGUGUCAGAGACCAUGACGCUUCGGACUUGAAGGGAGCUCUGGAUGCCAUUGAUAGCUAUGCUCUCAGCAUCGACAUGACGGCACGCAAUGUCCAGAAUGAGGCCAAGAAGAAGGGCCUCCCCUGGGACAUUGCCAAGGGAUUCGACACGUUCCUGCCCAUGAGCAAGCUUAUUGAGAAGUCCCGUAUUCAGGACCCUCACAAUAUCGAGCUCUAUCUCAAGGUCAACGACGAGGUUCGUCAGAACGACUCCACCAACUUGAUGCUCUUCCAGAUUCCCCGCAUCCUUAGCGAUAUCUCCAAGGUUAUGACGCUCGAGGCCGGUGAUAUCGUCCUGACUGGCACUCCCAAGGGCGUUGGCCCAGUUGUCCCCGGUGAUGUCAUGCGCGCCGGUAUCCGUGUGGAUGGCAAUGAGAUUGAGGAAGCCAAGAUCGAGAUCGCGGUCGAGGAGUCUACCCGCUCGUACGAGUAUGCUGAGACGUAAACACCGAACGAACAUGGAAAAUAGCCCACCCUUAUAUAACCUAGUGUAGUUCGAUGUACAUAGAUUCUAUACCACAUACGCUCGCAGGGCGGACAUUCGAUAAGGCCAUG